AUGUCAGUUUUCCUUUCCUUUGCUUUCCUGGCAGCGAUUCUUGCUCAUAUAGGCUGUAAUAAUCAGCGUCGGGGUCCAGAAGCCAGUGGGAGAAGAUUUAACCGGAUUCAGCAUGGGCAGUGCACCUAUACUUUCAUUCUGCCAGAACAGGACGGGAACUGUCGUGAAAGCACGACAGACCAGUACAACACAAAUGCUCUUCAGAGAGAUGCUCCUCACGUGGAACAGGAUUUCUCUUCCCAGAAACUGCAACAUCUGGAACAUGUGAUGGAAAAUUACACUCAGUGGCUGCAAAAACUUGAGAACUACAUUGUGGAAAACAUGAAAUCGGAGAUGGUGCAGCUGCAGCAGAAUGCUGUGCAGAACCAUACCGCCACCAUGCUCGAGAUAGGGACCAGCCUCCUCAGCCAGACAGCAGAGCAGACGAGAAAACUCACGGAUGUUGAAACCCAGGUGCUAAAUCAAACAUCCAGACUUGAAAUUCAACUACUGGAAAAUUCACUGUCAACGUACAAGCUAGAAAAACAGCUGCUACAACAGACACACGAAAUCCUGAAAAUUCAAGAGAAAAACAGUUUACUUGAGCACAGAAUUUUAGAAAUGGAAGAAAGGCAUAAAGAGGAGCUGGACACUUUGAAGGAGGAAAAAGAGAACCUACAAAGCUUGGUCACACGACAAAGCUACAUAAUCCAGGAACUAGAGAAGCAAUUAAACAAAGCAACAAGCAAUAACAGUGUCCUGCAGAAACAGCAACUUGAAUUGAUGGAUACAGUUCACACUCUGAUCACCCUCUGUUCCAAGGAAGGAGUUUUACUAAAGAACGCAAAAAAGGAAGAAGAAAAGCCUUUCAGAGACUGUGCAGAUGUAUACCAAUCUGGUUUUAACAAAAGUGGGGUCUACACGAUUUAUAUUAACAAUGUGUCGGAUCCUAAAAAGGUCUUUUGCAAUAUGGAAAUUGCUGGAGGAGGAUGGACGGUUAUACAGCACCGAGAAGAUGGGAGUCUGGAUUUUCAAAAAAGCUGGAAAGAAUACAAAAUGGGUUUUGGUAGCCCGUCAGGUGAACAUUGGCUGGGAAAUGAAUUUAUCUUUGCAAUAACAAGUCAGAGGCAAUAUUCUCUAAGAAUUGAAUUAAUGGACUGGGAAGGAAACCGGGCGUAUUCACAGUAUGACAGAUUUCACAUAGGAAAUGAAAAGCAGAAUUACAGGCUUUAUUUAAAAGGCCACAGUGGAACAGCUGGAAAACAGAGUAGCCUGAUCUUACAUGGUGCUGAAUUCAGUACAAAAGAUGCUGACAAUGACAACUGCAUGUGUAAAUGUGCUCUCAUGUUGACUGGAGGGUGGUGGUUUGAUGCCUGUGGCCCCUCUAAUCUCAAUGGGAUGUUCUACACAGCUGGGCAAAACCAUGGAAAACUCAAUGGCAUCAAGUGGCAUUACUUCAAAGGCCCCAGCUAUUCCUUGCGCUCCACCACCAUGAUGAUUCGGCCAUUGGACUUUUAAAGGCAUUCAGCAGUGGAUCCCAGAACAAACCAGGAUGACACUGCCCGCAGCAACACCACUAUCACAGUCUGAAGGUAAAA